AUCCAACGGCUCCAGUCCCCCCAAAAUCCCCAACCAUAUCCACCAAAAACGCAUUACGCAACAAAACCCCCCCAACGUCAUCACUCUCACUCACUCGGUCUCCACUGAACCUCCAAAACAAUGGCCUCAGUUGCCCUCAAAUCCUUCACCGCACUCCGCCGUUCUACGUCGGACCCUCCCCACUUCACCACCCAGCCACUCACACUUCCACAUCAGCAACAACGCUUCAGAGUCUCCGCCAGUAGAACCAGCCCCAAGCUCUCCAACCGCAACCUCCGCGUGGCAGUCAUCGGGGGCGGACCCGCCGGUGGGUCCGCCGCCGAAACCCUGGCGAAGAAUGGCAUUGAGACGUACCUGAUCGAACGUAAGCUCGACAAUUGCAAACCCUGCGGUGGGGCCAUCCCGUUGUGCAUGGUGGGGGAGUUUGACCUCCCGUUGGACAUCAUUGACCGGAAAGUUACGAAGAUGAAGAUGAUAUCGCCGUCUAAUAUCGCGGUGGAUAUUGGGCAGACUUUGAAGCCGCACGAGUAUAUUGGGAUGGUGAGGAGGGAGGUUUUGGACGCGUAUUUGAGAGAGAGGGCGGAGAAGAACGGGGCGAGCGUUAUAAAUGGUUUGUUUUUGAAGAUGGAUUUUCCCAGGAACAACAAGGAGCCGUACGUUUUGUAUUAUACCGAGUAUGAUAAUAAGAAGGGCGGGAUGGGUGAGAAGAGAAGGCUGGAAGUUGAUGCUGUGAUUGGAGCCGAUGGUGCAAACUCCAGGGUCGCUAAAUCCAUUAAUGCUGGUGACUAUGAUUACGCAAUUGCAUUCCAGGAAAGAGUGAGGAUCCCUGAUGAGAAGAUGAUAUACUAUGAGAACCUGGCUGAGAUGUACGUUGGGGAUGAUGUGUCACCGGACUUCUAUGGUUGGGUGUUCCCCAAGUGUGAUCAUGUGGCAGUGGGUACAGGCACGGUGACACACAAGGGUGACAUCAAGAAGUUCCAACUAGCAACCAGGAAACGAGCCAAGGAUAAAAUCCUCGGAGGAAAGAUCAUUAGAGUGGAGGCGCAUCCGAUCCCUGAGCACCCAAGGCCACGGAGGUUAUCAGGAAGAGUAGCAUUGGUCGGGGAUGCUGCCGGGUAUGUCACAAAAUGCUCAGGUGAAGGUAUCUACUUUGCGGCGAAGAGUGGGAGAAUGUGCGCCGAGGCCAUUGUUGAAGGGUCAGAGCAGGGGAAGAGAAUGAUUGAUGAAGGAGACUUGAGGAAGUACUUGGAGAAGUGGGAUAAAACAUAUUGGCCAACAUAUAAGGUGCUGGAUGUGUUGCAGAAAGUAUUUUAUAGAUCAAAUCCGGCGAGGGAAGCGUUUGUGGAGAUGUGUGCUGAUGAGUAUGUGCAGAAGAUGACAUUUGAUAGUUAUUUGUACAAGAAGGUGGUGCCUGGGAACCCAUUGGAUGAUUUGAAGUUGGCUGUGAAUACAAUUGGGAGCUUGGUGAGAGCCAAUGCAUUAAGAAAGGAGAUGGAGAAGCUGAGAGUGUGAGAAAUAAAAAUGGAUUUAUGUCAUUUUGCUUAUUCCACAACUUAAUUAAUUGUAAGAAAAUUGGCUGUAGUUUCAUGGCUACUUGCUUCAAUUAUGUAAUAGGAACAACUUUAUAGAUGAAUUUGGAUUGAUGAUCUCUUGUUUUAAACUACACUUUCUAUGGCCCGGUUUGUCAUUUGUAAACCGAAUUCAUAUAUAGAACAAAAGUUUAUGA